AUGAGUAACAGCAGCAACACAUCUAACACGCCAGUGGAAACCCCAUUAUAUGGAGGUGCCAUCACUACUGUCAUCCCACAGGGGUUCCUAGACGUCUCCAUGUUAAGGGAAGUACCAGAUACUCAAGAGGUAUACGUUAAUAAUAGAAGCACAGAAACACAACCAUAUAAUGAUGGUCUAGCAAAUGAUGAAUCCAUCAUCAUAGACUUAUUGCAAGCUGUCCCUGAAUCAAAUGAUCUUGACGCUUUGAAAUUACAUAUUGAAGAUAUAGUUUCCUUAAAUAAUACGACCACUAAUAAUAAUAAUAGUAACAAUAAUAAUAACGAGACAGUACAAAAAGAUGACACUACUGCUCCUACUCCUGCUCCAUACCAGAUAUUGAACAUCCAAACAGAUAUAUCAAAUACAUACUUGGGAACCAAUUGUAUAUCUUGUAUCGUCGUGGAAUCCGCUACGAAAUGGGGCAAACAAGAAAUGAAGGAGACUUUAAUCACAUGCAUUGGGCUAAUAAGAUUGAAAGAGGUAGAAACCGAUGUUAUCAUUACCAUUAAUGUACCAACUACUGAAGAAACAACUACAACUACAACUACAACUAUAGAUCCAAAUAAAAAUUUACCAACUAACGUUAAGGCAAGUUCUCUAUUAUUGAAACAAAUGUUGUCUCAAUUUAAAGUUAUAGAUAAAUCUUUAUUCGUAUGA